GAGACACACUGACGACUUGAAGACGUACAGCAAUAAUUCGAUGAGAAGGAGCAGCUAUUCCACCAAUCAUUAUAAACGUUGGCACAGGAUAUUGGGACGACUCCGCCGGAUUAUUCUAACCAUGCCGGGAAUUGACGAAGAUGUACCUAUGGACCUCAGCGCAGCGCAGUCGUAUCGGCGGUCGCCAAUUCCAAUGCAGCGAGGACCACCGGAGCGCGACACCAGAUCUCCUGGCGUCGACGUCCAUCCCAAUAUGGACCGCGACUGGCCUGGACCAACAGAUCCUGAGGUCUUCGCCAGACCUCAGCGUCCGCCAACACCGGCGAACACCAUCUACGAGGUGCCGCGAAUGACAGUGGCAUCCGUUGAAGCAGCCCUCACUCCUGGAAUGGAGAAUUUAAUCGACGAGGUGCUUGACGAGAUCAAUCGAGAGUCUCCCGACGAUGACAGCCUGGGAAGCGAGGUGACAGGCACCAUCAGACUGCCUGAUGUUACCAGACCUCCGCCUCGUUACGCCAACAUCCCGGCAACGCAGACGAGCCACGAGUACGUGGCAAUGGCAUCUUCAACACGAGCAGAAGCAUGCAGCAGCCGUGGGUCGCAUUCUUUGAGCGGCCUGAGUACAUCGCUAAGCAGCCCGCUUGCAUUGGGAGGACAAUGUGGAUCAUACGAUCACCUGGGCGAACCUGCAAACCGACAUCAUUUAAUAGGUGAGCGCCCUAUGCUUCCCAUACCGCAGGGCUCGCCACCCCCUCCUACACAACCACCACUAUCAAUACCGAUUUAUUACCGCGAUUAUUCAGAUCCACUAGUACGACCGGCUUAUGACUUCAUAUGUCAUUCCGCAUGGUAUGCGCAAAUCGCGGCCGAACUCGCGUUGUGUGCGGAUUGUGCAACAAGCGAGCACACAUUUUGCAUUUAUAACAGACCGAACGCCGUAUGGCGACAGCUACACCUUAUCUCGCGAACUUUCGUCCAUACAACUCUACACUGUGGACGAUGUUAUAAGUUAUUAAUAAAAACUAAACGCGCGAUUGAUUGUCACGAGUGCCGUACUACUAUAAUAGAUUUACGCGGACGUACCGAACACUUAACCUAUCAAGUUUUAUGUGAAGCGGUUAUUCCACGAGGAACACGUUAAGCAAUAAACGAUACAAAACAUUUGCUAAAAGAUUUAAUGCUACUAUAUCUUAUAUAACCUACAUAUUAUACUUUUAAACAUGCUUAUCGAUUAUUUUGCGUUAUAUACUUAUAUUUAACUUUAUAAAUUACCACUUGAUUUUCUUUUUAGUGUACUGCUUACAGGGAACUGUCUUAUU